UGGGCCUGUCAUGGACCUGCCAUCACGUGGCCUAGUCAGGGUUUCAUCAGUCCAGUUCCACAAAGCUGAUCGGCCCUGUCUGAACCGUCACAGCUCCAGCAGUGGCGCCCUCUUCAAUCCCUCCCAUACACACACUGCAGUGUCACGAAUGACAGGCCCAGUCCUCUCAACCUGCAGCACUCCGUCUAGCCACCGGAGACCACUAGUGCCAGUGCAGCACCACCAGGGGUCAAGCUCAGUUGGGAUGCUGAGGAGAAGCAGAACAUUGCACCAUCGGCCACCUCCACAAGAGUACCGUCGAAGAGCCAGCCACCCAGCUUCCCCAUCCUACUGCGCUGCAACCCUGCACCACUGUGGAGGCGUCGCACCACAUAACGUCUUGCCACCAGGCCUGCCAGAGGAAGGCGAGCUAGUCACAGGUGUGAUGGCUUCCCACCCUGGAGGCAUGGCCCUCUCACCCCAACAACAUGCCACCACUCUGGGGCACAUCAGAGGUGCCAACAACCUUGAGCGUUGCUAUGACAACAACUCCAACAGCCAGCUCACGCACCAUGACUGGUGGCACUCACAAGAAAGAAGCUUGAUGCCUGAGCCAAUGUUGGCAGAAAGGAACAGAGAGAUAGAGAGGGAACUGGAGCAAAAAAGGCAAAUUCAAAAAGAGAAAGAGCUUGAAAGGGAGAGGGAGACACAGAUUCAGGAGGAGAUGGAAAGGGAAAGGCAGAAGGAGAUUGAGAGGAGCCGAGUCAGAGAGCAGCAGCACCUCCAGAGUCUUGUCUUGCCUCCUCAGGCCGGUGACGUCAAUGACACAUGGCCAAAACCCGCCAGCCGUCAGUCUCAUGGAAGUGGAGGUGGCAGAGGCCUCUACAGCACUCUGGAAGGUCACACAGGGGCUUGUGCUACAGCUGGACAGGAUGUAAACAAAGGACCAAUUAAUGCAGGUUCAAGUUCUAACCACAGUUCGGGUCUGCAGUCAAGAUUUAACCCAAACUGUAAACCCAACACAACCACACGAGUCUCUAGGAGCCAGCUGCUUAGAGAUCGAGCCUCUCAGCUAGCGGAUGAGCGCAGCGGGAUGAGCACCGACGAGGAGACCAGCACUGACAUGCUGCUGGGUCGAUACUGGAGUCGAACAGAGAGGAGGGAACAAUUUCUUUUGGCCCGUGAGCAGAGGCAGCAACAGCAGCUACAGCAGCUGCAGGCCAGUAGAGGAACUGUACGAGAUGUCGUCAGCAGGGGAGGACCCGUGGUAGGAGGAGGAGGAGGAGCCUCCGCUGAUGAUGGAGGUCUUCUGGACAGCAAUGGAGUCAGAGCUUUUGCAGAAGGCAGGUGCAACACGGUCCUGGAGCUGAGUCAGAGGAAGCUGAGUCGUAUGAGGAACAGAAAGCUGUUGGAUGACUGGACGACAGUAGAGGAGCUCCUGACUCAUGGGACCAGGCUGGACAACCAGGAUGUCAUGCUGUGUCCCAGCUCCCUGCUGACAGUCACCACUGUCUAACUGCAUGGACACAGUGUCUAACUGUAGCUCUGUGUGUGAAUGUGUGUGACAUUAAGCUAACAAUACAACAUUUUAGCAAUUGUUCUUGUGCUGUCUCUCCAAGGCCAGAUGAGACGAUGAUAUUAGUUUUAACUACAUGUGUCACUUACAGAGAGGUCCAGGACAUAUUUAGCCUUGCUAAGCACAGACUAGCUGCAGUUUGCUUCCAGUCCUUGCGUUAAGCCAGGUUAAAGAUUGCAAAGCCAUUCAUGUGUUUUUUUAAAAAUAAUCCAGGGCAACAUGAGGUAUUUACAUCUAAAUAAUCCUUUUAUGUCCCACCCAGUUCAGCUGGUUCUUGAUCAGUCCAGGAUUUUGAGAUUUGAGUUAAUUUAUGAUUGAUAAAUGGAUGACCAUAAAUUUCAUGUCAAACCAAACCCAAAUUAUGAGCUGUGAAUUUUCAUAGUAACAUAUGGGUCCAUAUGACUGGCAUUUGUCCCCUGUGCACAUACAGUGGAGUAUGCAAUGUUUACCACACUCUGCUGUUCAUACCUUUGUUGCAGCAGUAAUGUGUAUGAACAAGGUCCUCAUCAUCUCUGUAGUUGAAGCACAAGGAUGAACCUAAUACUCAUUUUCUCAAGUCUCUGGGGAAGACAGAGAACAAGAAGACUGACAGAAAGUUGAAUUGUUCCUUUAAUGAAUGUGUGAAUGGGAGGGAACCUCACUGUCAUUGCUGUACAUCACCUCAACUGAUAGCUUUAUGUGUGGGUGUUUGACCACUGUAUAGCACUCUGGACAAAACGUCUGUGUCAGUGCAUGACACUUGUUAUAACACACAAUCCAACAAGGUCAGAUGAGUGUGUUUGUUUGCAUCAUGUCUUUCAUGCUCCAUCUUAUGCUCCAUUUAUUUCACAGAAGCUCUGAUAGAUUUACAGACAUUUAGGUUUUCACUUAGAUCCUCAGACCAAGACGUUCGGGGAGCAAUACUGUUCUAUGAUGCACCUGGCUGCGCAUUAAUGAUGAAUUACAUGCUUUUUUAUCAGCACUACAGAAACCAUCAACUGUAGCAAUUCAGACAAUGACAACUGAGAUUUAAUGCCAAAUCCUAAAUGUUUCUUUUUUGCUUUUUAACAGAAACUGUUUACAAUUCAAAGGUCAGUGGGAGCUUUCCUAACUGAAAUGCUAAAUAGUGUGACCUGAUUGACUGGCUUGGGCAACAUGAGUAAAAACAUGCUGAUCAAGGGGGUAAAGAGUUUGCCAUGGAGGUUUUUCACAGGUGACCACAGCUUUAGUCUGUGAAAUCAGUUGUAAUAGUCUUUGGGAGUCAGUUUUAUGCUACAUUCACGUCACAUUUUUAAUGCCAUGAAUUACAUGCAGCUGAUUGGAAAAUUUGUCCCACUUGGUGAAAAGAGAACCAAUAAAGUGCCAAUAUAAAAAAACGAUAAAACUAAUGGAAAGCCAUAAAAUAAAAAUAAAAGCCAUUGCCACUGGCAGUUAUAUCUUAAUGUAAUUGAAUAAGAUGGAUACAAUUGAUUCAGAUAAUUAAA